CCUUCCGCCCUCCCGGCAGGCCCUGCGCGGCGCCUGCGCUUUCGGUGACCUUCCCAAAUUGUUGGCUGUGCUCGUUGGGGCGGCCUGAGCCGUUGGUCCUGCGACGAGAUGUUUCAGAGCCUCGUGAAGAAUGUCUGGGUCCCCAUGAAGCCCUACUACACCCAGGUUUACCAGGAGAUCUGGGUGGGAAUGGGGCUGAUGAGCUUCAUCAUUUACAAAAUCAGGAGCGCUGAUAAAAGAAGCAAAGCAUUGAAAGGUUCGAGUCCCGCACCCGCUCAUGGUCAUCACUGAGCAGCUGGACCUGGAGUGCCCGGCGGCGGAGCGUCGUGCUGGCUGCGCCUCGGAGCACUGUUAGAUGGGGACGCGGGGCACGCUGUACGUUGUGGGGGUGCCGUUUCCUUGCUGGCAUGAAUAAACGCACCUGUAAGACA